ACAAUCUAUCCCAAAUACACAUCUACCUCAUCCAAGCAUUGAACCUCCUCAACCUGAGAAACCAGGCUAUCAGAAAGACACACACACAAUGAACCCAAGCCAAACACCAACCCCCAAUCCCAAACGCCGCCGUCUAAACACCACCACAACAACCCUAUCAUCACCCUCAUCAACGCUCACCAAACCAUUCAAAUCGCCUCUGCGCAGACCAGCCCAAGCCCAAGCACCAGCACCAGCACCAGAUACCACCACCAGCACCACCACAACUGCCACAAACACAUCCUCUUCAUCCUCCAAAGACACAACACCCGCCACCCCCAAGCCCAACCCCUCAUCUUUCACCACCCCAAUCCCCAAACCCACCCCUACCACCAGAGAAAAGAAAGAACAGAAGCAAAAAGAAGAAGAAAAAGACCCCACCCUCUCCACCCUCCGCACCACCCACCGACACCUCCAAUCCCGACUCCUCUCUCUCCGCACAGAACUAGAAACAGUUACUCAGGCGCAGCGCAUCGAGGAAUCCCACCGCGAUGAGGAACUAGAAAAAUUGAUUGUGAAGUGGAGGGGUGUGGGGCAAAGGGUUGCGGAGGAGGUGUUUGAGGGCGCGAGGGAACGGGUUGUGAGGAUGGGGGGUGUGAGGGGGUGGAAGGGGAUGGAAAUGAGUAGGAGUAAGGGUGGUGGUGGUGGGUGGUGGGAGGAUGGUGAUAAUGAUCAUGAGAAUAGUAGCUAUGGUCAUGAGGAGAAGGGUGGGGGUAAGGAGAAGGACGAGGAAGAAGAUGAGGAAGAGGAAGAGUUCACGAUAGGGAUGAUGUUGAAGACGAUGGGGAUUGAUUUCAAGGUUAUUGGGUAUGAUGGGGAGGGGCAGAGGUGGGUAUGAUUCUGCUGGGUCAAUUGUAUUGAUGUGGAUGUGGUGGAGAUACUAUUGAUGUGAUUGCUGUAUGUCUAUGUAUCUGGGAGAGCAGUCUACUUGCUAGGCCGAUGAUGAAAAGCCAGC